AUGCCGGAGUCUAGAAGAAACAUCCCAAACAUCAUAAUCACCGGAACCCCAGGAUGUGGGAAAUCGUCCCAUUCACAAUCCUUGGUAGACCAGUUGAAUAGAGGGUUUGCUAAAGAAACAACCAUCAAGUUCAAGCAUUUUGAUGUCAGCGCAUUUGCAAAGGACAAAGAGUGUCUUGAAUCAUACGACAAGAACCUUGAUACGCAUGUGGUAGAUGAAGACAAAUUGUUGGAUGAGUUGGAGCCAGAAUUAGAAAAAGGCGGCGCUAUUGUCGAUUGGCAUUGCUGUGAAAUAUUUCCAGAACGAUUGAUUGAUCUUGUUGUUGUAUUACGAACAGAUAACUCAAAACUACAUGAAAGAUUAACAAAGAGGAAUUACAAGGAUAACAAGAUACAGGAGAAUUUGGACUGUGAAAUAAUGGAGGUGAUUUUAACGGAGGCAAGAGAGAGUUACAUACCUGAAAUUGUUAUCGAGUUGAGAAGUGAUGAGGCUGAAGAUUUGGAUGAAAAUGUGGACCGAAUCAGUUCGUGGGUUGAAAAUUGGAUUGAAGACCAUCCAAGGGGAGUGACCAACGAAUUACAGAAUGCGGAUGGUGAAGCUCACGACAGUGACGAAGAAGAAGAGGAAGAAGAAGACAAUGAGGAUGGAGAGUUGGUGACAAGUGGCGAAGAAGACUACUCACCCGUUCCAGACAAUGAAGAAGAUUCUGAUGAUGCACUUGCUAGUUACCAUGACUCAGAAGACCCCGCCACAGUUGAAGAUGGGCUCACGAAUCAACAAAAGUAUGAUCUCGAGCAGAAGGAACAAGAUGAUGCAGAAGUGCUUAAUGAAGAGGAUGAAGAAACCAAUGAGUACGUGGAGCACCAAGAGGAUGUGUCAGAGUAG